AUGUUGUUGCCUGCCGCCGCAAGACUGAGGUAUAAAUCAUUUUCUCAACUUUUCAAAACUUUGACAAAAUCAAACGCUCGGUUCAUCCUUGCCCCGCUCUUCACCCCGCCAUCAAUCACAAGAACAAUGUCCUCCGCUGUUGCUAAGCGCCUCGAGGGCAAAACGGUGGUCAUUACCGGUGCUAGUUCCGGCAUCGGAAGGAGCACCGCUUUUGAGUUUGCUCGUACUGCUCCAAAGAACCUGAAGCUUGUUCUUACCGCGAGGAGGAUUGAUACCCUGAAGCAGAUCGCGGCGGAUAUUGUUGCCGAGGUUGGUGAGGGGGUCAGGGUGUUGCCUGUUCAGCUUGAUGUGAGCAACCCCGAGGAGGUCAAGACUUUUGUCGGGAAACUGCCGGAGGAGUUUGGGGAUAUUAAUGUUUUGGUGAACAAUGCGGGUCUCGUCAAAGGUCUCGCCCGGGCACCCGAGAUUGCCGAGGAAGACAUCAACAUCAUGUUCAAUACCAACGUUACUGGGCUGAUCAACAUGACACAGGCUAUUCUCCCAAUCUUCAAGAAGCGGCCUGAGGGUGGUGCUGGCGACAUCAUCAACGUUGGCAGCAUCGCUGGCCGUGAGCCAUACCCCGGUGGCAGCAUCUACUGCGCUACCAAGGCGGCCGUUCGCAGCUUCACCGAUGCUUUGCGCAAGGAGCUUAUCGCUACUCGCAUUAGGGUCAUGGAGAUUGACCCCGGUCAGGUUGAGACUGAGUUCUCUGUUGUCAGAUUUUACGGUGACAAGGCCAAGGCGGACGCUGUCUAUGCGGGCUGCGAGCCAUUGACGCCAGAUGACAUUGCCGAGGUGGUUGUGUUUGUUGCUGGCAGAAGGGAGAAUGUUGUUAUUGCUGAUACUCUGAUCUUCCCCAGUCACCAGGCCGGUGCUGGUAUCUUACACAAGAAGUCGACUUAA